UUUGUUUUCAGCCACGUUGAAGAGCCUCACUGUCAUGUUACUCUGAUAUCUAUGCAAUGUAUAUGCGAUGCUGCACUUGCGAGAAGCUCAGGUGGCAAGCCGCCAGCACCGGCGCUCAGAAUCGGCCCUAGUAUCAACUUUCAUUCCUUCCCUGCGACGAGUGGGCAGGCGAACAAUUGGAAGCUGUUACCUCAAUUCUGUGCACACCCAAACUAGCAGAGCCUCGGUCGGAGCGGCGACUGGUCGUGCACAUGGAGGCUGGGACGCUGGUUCAGUCGCCCGGACACUCGGCGUGCCUCCGCCAGCGGCGCGGGCUCUGGCGGCCUCCCUGCAGGCCACGGAACGCCUGCCGCUGGAGUUUGGCAUGCCGGACCUGGUGAAGCGCUGCGGCAUCCUGCAGCAGGAGCUAGGGCUGACCGCAGAGCAGGUGGCGCGGAUGGUGUCCAUUAAGCCGGAACUGCUGGGCUGCCCCAUCGCGACCCUGCGCGCGCGCGCGGCGCAGCUGGCCGCAGGCUUGAGCGACCCGCCACCAGGCGGCGACCCCCGUGCCGCCGCCACCCCCGCUGCUACGGCAGGCGCCGCUCACCAGAGGGCGCAACCGAAGCAGCAGCAACAACAGCAGCAGCAGCAGCAGCAGCAACAGCAACAACAGCAGCAGCAGCAGAAAGCAUCUUUAGCCCCUGCGCCAACGAGCAGCUCACCGGCAGCUGCCUCCCCAAGUGCAGCAAGCGCGGGAGCAGCAGCGGCUGGCAGCGGCGGCAGUGGGCUGCUGCGCCCGCUUCGGCCGUCGCGGCCAGUGCCCCAGCCGCUGCAGAGCCAGGAGCCUCCCGUUCACCCCAACGGCAGCACAGCAAGUAUAGCAGACGCAUCACAUACUACGCCAACAGUGGUGACGGAUGCGGAAGCGAUGUCGCUGUUGGCCGCGCAACCGGCGCUGCUGGCGGUGCCGCUGCCGCACCUGGCGGCGCGCUGCCGAGAGCUAGGCCAGCUGCUGGCGGCGCCUCCGGCAGAGGCGUGCCGCUGCUUGUGCCGCCUGCCGCCGCCGGAGCUGGAGCGGCUGCUGGCGGCGCCCCUGCCGGCACUGCGGCGGGCGUGGCUGCGCCUGGCGGCGGUAGUGGCGUCCCUAGACAUGGAGGAGCCGACGGCGUCGUGGGUGCUCGCGGCGGCCCUGGGGGACACCGGCAGGCACGGCCCGGGGCGGGGGCCGGGGCCCGGAAUGGACGGUGCGCAAGAAGAGGGGCAACAGUCCAGGCUUGAUGAGCGUGGAGCGCCGGACGGGCCUCCAGACGACAGCGGCCGGCUCGCGCGCUCUGGCCGGCCGCCCUCCAUCCGCGUUGGCGACCUGCCAGAGCCGUCGGUGGCCGCAGCACGACGCAUGGCGCUCCUAUGCCCCCAGCUCCUGAUGGCGUCCGCACCCGCGCUGCGCGCCUCGGCUCAGCAUCUCGGCGCCUUGCUGGAGCUGCCGCCCGCGCGCCUGCGCUCCCUGCUCGCGCGGCGGCCGCGGCUGCUGCUGCUCCCCGCAGCCGCGCGAGUCGCGGCGCUGCAGGCGCUCACCGCCUCGCUGCAGCUGCGCGGUGGGCUGCCGCACGCGGCGCGUCUGGCGGUGCAGCAGCCGCUGCUGCUGGGGUGGGAGCCGGCGGCGCUGGAGGCGAAGUUGGGGGAGCUGGGGGCGGAGUUGGGUCUGGGCCGGCAGGAGGUGGCGCGGUUGUGCCGCAACCAGCCUGUGCUGCUGGCCAUGGCGCCAGCCUCGCUGGCGGAGCGCCUGCAGCGGCUGCAGACGCUGCUGCAGCUGCCGGACCUGGACGCGGCGCGGCAGCUGGCGCUGGAGCAGCCGGGCCUGAUGUCGCUGCCGCCCGACACGGCGGAGAGGAAGCUGGCGGUCAUUGCGGCGGCGCUGCAGCGGGUGCCGCUGCCGGCCGCGCCGCCCGCCAGCGGCAGCGGGACAGUCGGCACCAGUAGUAACGGCGCCGGCAGCAGCGCCAGCGGCGACAGUGGUGUAAAAAUGGCAGGGAAAACCAGUCGCAAGAGCAUCCGCAAGCGCGAGCCGGGGUCUGACGCGGAUGGCGCGGGCGCCAGCGGCAGUGCCGGGGGCCGGCCUGGCGAAAGCCGUGUGGGGCAGGGUGGCAUAACCUGGAGCGACGUCCCCUCCGGCGCUGACACCCCCAACGGGAGAGCGCAGGCUGACACGCAAGCGGCUCUGGCGGAAGCGCGGCGAAUGGUGCUGGAGGCGCCGACGCUGCUGACCAUGAGUCCGGACGCACUACCGCGGAGAGCGACUGAACUGGCAGACGCACUGGGUAGCGGCGGUGGGGCAGAAGCGGGGCCGGUGACAGGGGCGCUGGAGGCGCUGCGCGCCUGCCCUCAGCUGCUGGUGCUGCCGCGCUCGGAGCUGCGGUACCGGGUGCAGCAACUGGGCUGGGCGCUGGAGCUGGCGCCGGAGGCGGUGCGGGGGCUGGUGCUGUCGCGGCCCGAGGUGGUGUUGCUGGGGGUGCAGGAGGCGCGCGAGGUGCUGGCGCGGACACGCGUCGUGGAGGCGGGGGCAGCAGCUUGUGCAGAGGUGGGAGAGUCGCGGCGGGUGGGGGCUGGUGUGGUGCAGGCGCGCGAUGGGCCGGAGGCAACGGCGGAGGUGCGGGUGGACUCGCUGGCGGCAGGGGAGAGGGCGGGAGAGGGCAUGGGGCGGCGGCCGGCUGGCGCGCGGGUACGGGGGGCACGUGCUGCUGGUUUGAGGCGGGGGGCAGCGCAAUGAGGCGCCGUGUUCGGAAAUGUGGAGGUGCUCGAGUAGGGAGGUGGAUAGGUAGCUGUGGACAGACAAGGGAGUGUCAGCUUGUACAGCUGGAGAAUGGGCUGAGCCCCUUGUAGAGCAAGGGAUGUGACGAUGGUCGAUGGGUACCGGCGACAUGAACACAGCGCCCUUACCAUGCCAAUGCACCGCCAUGCUCUAUCCCCGCCACGCCACGUCGCCACCUUGCCCACGCCACUCCAAACAUGAGUCCGUGAUACCUCAUGAGCAUGUUACAUGGCUUGAAGUC